AUGCAGGCUCUAAGCUCUACCGAGUUGUUCCGCAGACAUUUAACAGAGCUGCCGGUGCUGUUUGAAGAGCAUUCAGGAUUGAGGACGGUGAUCUUGAACCGGCCUUCCAAGUUAAACUCCCUCACUUUCGAAAUGGUUUCUGAGAUGUUUAGGAAGUUGCAAAUCUAUGAAGAUGAUCAUACGGUCAACCUUGUUAUCUUGAAGGGAAACGGGAAAGCAUUCUGUGCGGGUGGUGAUGUUAUUGGAAUUACUUGCACCAUGUUAACAGGACAUUGGAGCUUCGGAGCAAGCUUUUUCAGGAAACAGCUCACUUUGGAUCACUUGAUAGCUACCUACAAAAAGCCUUUGGUAUGCCUCAUCAAUGGAGUUGUAAUGGGUGGUGGCGCUGGAAUCUCCAUGCACGGGAGCUUUAGAGUCGUGACUGAGAAUACGGUAUUUGCGAUGCCUGAAGCAUCAUUUGGACAUUUUCCUGAUGUGGGUGCUUCUUAUUUUCUAUCCAAGCUUCCUGGUUACUUUGGUGAAUAUCUAGGGUUAACCGGGGCACGGUUAGAUGGACCAACAAUGCUUGCAUGUGGUCUUGCAACUCAUUUUGUCUUUUCAAAGGAUCUUCCUCUUUUAGAACAAGGUCUCUGUUCGGUGGAUUCAUCAAAUACAUCAGAAAUUGUAUCUGUCAUCAACAAAUAUGCGCACAAAUCCAAUCCGAAAGAGGAAGUCCUCCACAAAAGAUUAAAGAUUAUAAACAAAUGUUUCUCAAGAGACACUGUGGAGGGCAUACUACAUUCUCUUGAAACGGAGUCGCUGGACAACUCGGCAGAGAAAUGGAUCGCCGAUGCAGUGAAGAAUAUGAACUUUGCUAGUCCGACUGGCCUAAAGAUUUUUCUGCGAUCGAUAAGAGAAGGGCGUGGUCAGACGAUCGAACAAUGUCUAGCUCAGGAGUUCACCAUCUUUUGCAACAUCAUGCGAAGGAAGAUCACCAAUGACUUCUAUGAGGGUUCAAGGGCACUUUUAUUCGAUAAAGACAAAAAGCCCCAGUGGGAUCCACGAAAGUUAGAAUUAGUCAAAGCGGAGACGGUGGAUAUGCUAUUCAAAGCAUUGGAGGACGACGAGGAUUGGAAUUGUCUUCAGCUCCCUGCACGACCCUCCAACAACUUGCUUGACCGUGCGAGAUCGAAGCUGUGA